AUGUCUCUUGAGACACCAACUGUACAGAAGACAGCUGCCAACGGAAACUUCAGCAGGAAAUCUCUUACCCGACCUCCUCUAAUCGAACCCGGAGACAUGCCGGCUUCCCUAUUGCCUCUCAUCUCCUUCUUCAGGAGUACCCUUUUCCAGAUCCUCGUCGUUGGUCUCUGUGCUUUCUGCGCGCCGGGAAUAUGGAGUGCCAUGAACGGAUUCGGUGUCGGCGGCUCACAAAGUCCAGAUUUGGUCAACGCGGCGAAUGCCCUCCUUUACGCUUUCAUGACGUUGACUUGCUUCGCCGGCCCUUUUCUCACCAACCUGAUUGGGUUUCGAUGGACUUUAGCAGUAGGUGCUCUCGGGUAUCCUCUGUAUGCAACUGGUCUUUACGUCAACAAUCGGACAGGGGGAACAUGGCUCGUCUACUUCGGGUCGGUUGCCUGCGGCAUAAGUGCCGGAUUUUCCUACAGUGUCGAGGGAGCAAUUGCUACGGGAUAUCCCGAACAUCAUAAGCGAGGUCGUUAUGUCGCAACAUGGUUCACUUUUCGCAACUUUGGCAUGAUCAUUGGUGGUGCCAUCUCGCUAGCUCUCAACCACAAAGUCAACCAAAAGGGAAAAGUUGGAUACGAGCUGUACCUUGCGUUCAUCGGAAUACAAUGUCUUGGUUUCUCCUUCGGCCUAUUCCUUUCCAACCCUGAUAAGGUCAUACGGGACGACGGAAGUCGGAUCGAAGCGGCGGGAGGCAUUCAUUGGCGGUCAGAACUCACCGAGAUGUGGAGGCUGCUGCGAAGUCGUUCAAUCUUGUUCUUGACACCCCUCUUUUGGUACUUCGGCUGGAUCCAAGCAUACCCCGGCACAUACCUUGCGACGUACUUCAGUGUGCGCUCGCGGGCUUUGGGCAGCUUCGUUGCAGCUAUCGUCAGCACCUUUUCUACAUGGCUCGGCGGCUCUCUUGUGGAUCUUCCGUGGUCUGAGAACCGCCAGACGAGAGCCCUGGCAACAUAUGCGCUCAUCGUAUGCCUCAAUACUGCCACUUGGAUAUGGGCCGUGAUUAUCCAAAAUGAGUAUCGAUUUACACUACCCUUACUCGAUUGGGCCUUUCAAAGCGAGUUCGGACGAGGGUUCGGCCUCUACAUGCUGGAAAGAGCGUCGCUCGGCAUGAUUGAAAACUUCAUUUACUGGGCUAUCGGAAAUCUUUCGGACUCCCCUGGCGACCAGAUCCGGUAUAGCUCUUUGCUUCGUGGCAUCGAGACGGCAGCGGUAGCGGUGGGUUUCGGGAUUCAAGCCGUUCCAACCCCCCUAAUAGCUACUGCAAGCAUCAACUGCAGCCUUUGGUUUGUCGCCCUGCCGUUCAGCUACUUUGCGACUCUUCAAGUUGUCCGGAAGUUCGAACAGCAGGGGCAGGUGCAGGAGGAGGUAGAAAUUGUGGGACGAAAGGUUUAG